UAUUAACAGGGGACCCUGCACGCUUUAUAAAUGGACACAAGUAAGGUGAGGAUUCUACAACAAAAUCGAGCAAGUAGCAAUAUCAUUAUGGAAUUCAAUCAUGAAGACAAUGCUACUAAACUAUUUCAAGCUCAAUCCCACGUAUUCAAUCACAUUUUCAGUUUCAUAAACUCUAUGUCUCUUAAGUGUGCAAUUGACUUGUGCAUACCAGAUAUCAUACAUAACUAUGUUCAACCCAUGCCACUUUCAAAACUCAUUGCUUCUCUACCAAUCCACCCCUCUAAAACCAAAAGCAUCUUUCGCUUGAUGCGAAUUUUGACCAAUUCUGGAUUCUUUAUUCAGCACAAUGUCACAGAAAAUGAGCUUGAAGUGAGGUAUGAGCUAACUGAUGCAUCUAGACUACUUAUUAAGGACCACCCCUUCAGUAUGUCAUCUUCACUGCAUUGCAUACUUGAUCCAAUUUUAACUGAGCCAUGGUAUCAAUUUUCUACUUGGUUCAAAAAUGAAGAUCCUACACCUUUUUACACAAAGAAUGGGAUGUCAUUUUGGGAAUAUUUUAGCCAUAACCCCAAACACAGGCACAGAUUCAAUGAUGCCAUGGCUAGUGACACUCGAUUGGUUUCAAGUGCAGUCAUGGAAAAGUGCAAAGGGGUGUUCAAGGGAUUGGAGACACUGGUUGAUGUUGGGGGAGGCACUGGGACUUUUGCUAAGGCAAUAGCUAAGUCAUUCCCACAACUUGAGUGCAUUGUAUUUGAUCUCCCACAUGUUGUCUCUGGCUUGCAAGGAAGUGAAAACAUUAAAUAUGUUGGAGGGAACAUGUUUGAGGCAAUUCCUGCAACUGAUUCCAUUUUGUUGAAGUGGAUACUGCAUGAUUGGAAUGAUGAAGAAUGCAUGAAAAUAUUGAAGAACUGCAAGGAGGCAAUCUCAAAAAAAGGUAAAAGGGGAAAGGUGAUCAUCAUAGACGUGGUGAUUGGGAAUGAGAAGGGAGAUAGUGAAUCAAUUGAAACGAAGCUCUUUUACGACUUGGAGAUGAUGGCAUUGCUCGGUGGCAAAGAGAGAGAUGAGAAAGAAUGGGCCAAGUUAAUUUUCUCUGUUGGCUUCAGUAACUACAAGAUAACUCCAGUUCUUGGUCUCAGGUCUCUCAUUGAGGUGUAUCCAUAGUGUUGCCUAUUGACAAGUGAUAAGAAGCUAGCUGAGUCACAUUAUGUACAAUUGAUAUAAAUUCCUCUACGAAUUUUUUAUAUUGAUAUUCUUGUCCAAGUUUUCAUUCUAUAUAAGUUGCAUUCUGUUUGAUAAGGAAAAAAAAAACAUAAGUGGGGAUUCAGUGUGCUUGUGUUAGAGAUAAAUAGGCAUAAUAUCCUACGGGAUAUUUCUUUAUUUAUUUAUAGACUUAUUUUGUAAUAUGCCUCCGAA